UUUUUUAGAUAAAGAUGGCCACUUAUGAUUCAGAAUCAGAUGUUGUAUCUGAUAACGAAGAUAUAGAGGUUGCAAUGAGUGAUACAGAAGUAGAAAGUCCAAAGCCGAAACAGAAAAGGAGGAGCAGAUUAUUCCCCCUUGAUAGGAUACUCGCUGUCCUGUGCUGUCCCUCGUUAUGUUUGGCGGGGUUUACAGAGGCGGAUCUCGCUCCACUCCGGGAAAACUAUCAGUCACUGGACAGAACCGGGAAGAAACAGUGGCUGCUAGAUUACUUUUGGAGCCAUUCACAGUUCGACAAUGAAAAUUACACAUGGAGGUUUACCUUUGUUCUUUGGAGUAAAGAGGUAUGCCAGACAGCCUUCAGGCUUACUCUGGGGAUUGCUUCCUCAUCAUUCUAUGAAGUUAGGAAAUUAUUUCUAGACAAGAAGAAGGUUAUUUCACAGCCUAGAACAAAGAGGACACAAGCAUUUAAGUCAAAGCAGGCGAUG